GAAUAAACAUCCUGGUAGGUGUGUGUUGACUAACCUGCCGGGUUGCUGCAGGUCUGAUCAUGUUUCUUUGUUUUCUUCAAGCUUUUGCUGUGAGCAUUGUUCUUAUGUCGCUGUCUUCCGGUCUUGCUGCGACAACACAGCGAGAACAACCAACUAACCUUUAGCCAUUCCUGCGGCUCAGACAAGUCUCGAACCGACUCUUCGCUUGUCCACCUUGAAACCAUCUAUUCCCGAAACGGCACAACGUUCUGUUCCGCGGCAGAUCAGCAGGAUCAGCGCCCAGGGUACAACACGUGUGACAUCGAUCCCCAGACUCCGAAUCGGGUGGGAUCAACUGAAUAUCAGCAAGAGAAGACCUCUUGUGACGCUUUGGAUCUGGAUCUCUACGAGGGUGAGGCUCUUACAACGUCUAAGAGACUCGAUACCUAUCUCAGCAUCCCUAAUCUUGAUGUGAUCGCCUCACCAAGGGUCACGACUUGCCUGCUAUAGUCCGUGCCUCGAGGAGAACUCAGAGGCGUCCGUUCUUUACCAUCGACCAUUAUCUUUACUCACGCUCCUUGCAAUCGCCUGGCGCUGUCAAAGACGCCGGCGGCCAUGUCAACCUAUUCCACAAAGCCGCUGCAGCUGCGGGCGCGAAGGCACAUCCACAACUGUACGACAAUAACGACAACAAUAAUCUCAUUAAUGAUGGCCCUAAUUGUCAUGGCGACACCGACGUGUGCGCAAGUGAUGGAACUGGAUGUGCAAGUUUAUGAAUCAAGUUUCUACCAAGAGUUAGCUGCAAGAGGGGAGAUACACAUUGACCGUCGGGAGCCUCCCCCUCGCCGGAAUGUUUAUCUCGAAAGGAGACAGGCCGGGGACAGUGUCGUGCCGACAACAGUGACCGAACCUACCUCUACCUCGACAUCUUCGACCUCGUCCUCAGAAGUUACAAUCACUUCUUCCGCCGACCCGACAUCGGCUAUCAGCACUGAAACCAAGACUCCUCUGUCGACACCGGGCGUCUCGACACUAACCGCACCUAGUGUUACAGUCGUCACCACUCCGUUACCUACUCCCUUCGACACCUCUUUAGGCAGCAAUUUCACCAGCUCGUCCUGUCCCGAGUUUUUCUCCAACUUUCUCAACAACUCGACCUUUCAAUCCUGCGUCCCCGUGUCCCUUCUUCUGCAAAACUCCAAUUCAUUCUUCCGUGCGCAACGGUCAUUUACACUCCUUACGCAAACUCUUGACGCCGCGUGCAAUGCACCCUUGGCGAUCUGCUCGCCUUUGCUAAGCAGUCUCGCCUCACAGUUGAUCGACAACGCCAACUGUGGCGAGGACUACAAGCAGCAGAAUCCACUCGUGUCGCAAGCCUACGCGGGAUUUCUGGCUUAUGAGCCGAUCUAUCGCGCCACAUGUCUCAAGGACCAAAGUACGGGCAAUUACUGCUUCAGCGAAGCCAUUACAAACUCGUCCAAUGCGGCCGAUUUCUACCCUUACUACACGGCGGUAGGGCUGUCCAUGCCUGAGACAGCACGACCCACUUGUAGCCAAUGUCUUCAGGAGACGAUGCAAAUCUUUGCCGGGUAUGCAGAGAACGCGGCGCAGCCCCUGGCCAAGACGUAUCUUCCAUGCGCGACCCAGGUGGAUCAGAGCUGUGGAAGCGGGUUUGUGAAUACGCAAAUCAAGGCUGGUAGCGUGGCCAGUUCGAACGCUGCAAUUGGGGGAAAGAAGCUAGUCCUGAGCUCGCCCCUCCUGGUCAUUGCAACACUGGCGAUGGCACUCCUUGGCGUGGUGUACUGAUUGUGAUGUUUCUGGUACAUUUGUAUACCCAGUGGUGUUUGUUGGAAGGGAGGCCGGUGGCGGCCACAGGCAGUCACGAGCGCAGUGGGAUAUGGUGGCUCUGAAAAGACCAUGGAUGGCGGGGUAGAAUUUUUGACACAAAUAGCGCAGGCGUUGGUGGACAAACUGAUCCGGGCUGUAUGAAUGAUAUUUGCAAUGAACAGAAAGGAGACAAGACAGUCCUCUGGGCCUCUGACUCCUGUAUGUAGGAUCUAACGCCUUGUUUGGCGGAUUGAUGGUUAAUGGCACUAGCUUUCCAAAUCCUGUGCCGCGUCACGUCCGAUAAUCUCUUCCAUGAGUACAGGGCCCAAUAUAGAAACAAAUGCACA